AAAAACAAGAUGGACGCCUCCUGGUAGGCAUUUGUUGUGGUUGCUCUCUCCGAGUAAAACCUCCUCAAAAUAAACACGAUGGCCAGCGCAAAAACAAUUUUGAAAAGGAACAACUACAUUCAAGGUUGUUCUGCCAUCUUGAGGGGGGCAUUCACCAAAAUGCCUAGCCAGCGUGUGCCGCUAGUCUUGUUAGCCUGUGGCUCCUUCAAUCCCAUCACCAACCAGCACAUGAGGCUGUUUGAGCUGGCCAGAGACCACCUGCACAGCACAGGCCAGUACCAGGUGGUGGGUGGCAUCGUGUCUCCUGUCAGUGACAGCUAUGGAAAGCAAGGCCUGGUGCUGGCAAAGCACAGGAUUGCUAUGGCAAAGCUUGCGCUGCAGAGCUCAAACUGGGUCACAGUCGAUGAAUGGGAGAGCCAGCAGCCUGACUGGACUGAAACGGUGGUCACCAUGAGGUAUCAUUACAGUCGUAUUCUAAAGGAUUAUGAAGAGAGGACACAUGAAGACUCCAAUGGAAGCAGCAGCCCUUCUCAAAGCGCUCCUCCUCAGCUGAAGCUGCUGUGUGGAGCUGAUUUCCUAGACACCUUCAAGAUCCCAGGCCUGUGGCGGGACGACCACAUGAAGGAAGUGGUCGGGCACUUCGGUCUGGUGUGCGUCAGUCGAGGGGGACUGCAGCCAGAGCAGGUGGUGCACGAAUCGGACACACUUUGGCGCCACAGACAAAACAUCUUCCAGGUGAAAGAAUGGGUGAGGAAUGAGACCAGUGCCACAGAGGUCCGGCGGGCUCUCAGACGGGGAACAAGCGUCAAAUACCUUAUCCCAGACUCUGUGAUAGAAUACAUUCAGCAGCACCACCUCUACACUGAGGACAGCGAGAGGAGGAAUGAGGGCACGGCUCUGAGGCCACUCGCCAAGCAGGCACAUCAACCAGUGGAGAGUCUGGACGACUCGACCUCCUCGCCCACUCAGAGUAAGGGAACCCCCGGAGAAGACGCCAAAAUGCCUGUGGAUCUGAACGGAUACUGGAAAAUGAUCUCCAACGACAACUUUGAGGAGUACCUCAAGGCUCUAGAUGUUAAUGUUGCCAUUAGGAAAAUCGCCACUUUGCUGAAGCCUGACAAGGACAUCGCCCACGAAGGGGAUCACAUAAUCAUCAAAACCCUCAGUACCUUCAAAAACUACAACAUGGAUUUCUAUGUUGGCAAAGAGUUUGAGGAGGAUUUGUCUGGCGUGGAUGAUAGGAAAUGCAUGACCACCAUCACCUGGGAGGGAGACAAGCUGGUGUGUGUGCAGAAAGGAGAGAUUGAAGGAAGAGGCUGGACCCACUGGGUGGAAGGAGAUGAGCUUCAUCUGCACCCUGCACCUUCCACCUCCUCCUCUCAUUACCUCAAGUCGAGUACUGUACACGCCACAGAGUCACCAUCUGCCGCCAUGCCUGUGGACUUCAGUGGGAAAUGGAUACUGGAGAGCAAUGACAAAUUUGACGAUUACAUGAAAGCACUCGAUAUUGACUUUGCAACGAGGAAAAUAGCCGCGUAUCUGUCACAGACCAAAGUGGUGGUCCAAGAGGGAGACAUAUUCGACUUCAAAACACUGAGCACCUUCAGGAACUAUGAGCUGGCCUUCACCGUGGGGGUGGAGUUUGAUGAGUACACCAAGGGACUAGACAACAGAACUGUCAAGAGUCUGGUGUCCUGGGAGGGGGACAAGCUUGUUUGCACCCAGAAAGGAGAGAAAGCUAAUCGAGGCUGGAAGCAUUGGAUCCAAGGGGACAAAAUGUACCUGGAGUUGACAUGUGAAGAUGCAGUUUGCCUCCAAGUGUUCAAGAGAAAAGAAUAAAAGACGUGUGGUUUAUUUGGCUAUCUUUUCAUCCCCCAACAAGUUAUAUAUUUGGCUCUCAAUAAACUUGACAUACAGUUCUUAACCCCAGUGGGUACAUUUGCUUUUUAAGGAGUAGAAUUUGUAUUUUGCAUUAAAGACACAAUGUAAAAAAAAAUGUUGCAAUGGUAUUAUUAUUAUUACUCGUCGGUAAUUCCCUUUUAGGAUGAUAAUUUGCAUAAAUGUCCAUUGAUGACAGGUUCCAGCUCACCUGUGACUUGAAUACUGUACAAUACAAUUAUGGAUUGGAUGCUAAAUAACUUAACCGGUUAACCUGUACUUGUGCAUUUGGAAUGACAAUAAAAUUUAAUCCUAAUCCUAAUCCUAAAGAGGACAAGCGGUAUAGAAAAUGGAUGGAUGGAAGGGAGUCCAUGCAUUACGCUACUGCAGGGGUCACCAACGUUUUUCCUUGUGAGAGCUACUUUUACAAAAUGAAAAUGGCCAAGAGCUACUCAUUUUUGUAACAUUUAUUUUCAGAGUUUAUUUUAAACCCAAACAAAGCAAAUAUGCUUGUUUUACCAGAACAUUAACAAAAUACUGGUGUCCACAACUCACAUUUUGUAUUUCAGAAUGCAUUUCUUUCUACUGUUCUUUCAUUAUUAACUGAAAACCUGAAUGAAAAGCAGGCUUGCGGGCACCUCAUGUUGUCGUGGGGGCUACCUGGUGCCCGCGGUCACCACGUUGGUGACCCCUGCGC